UGCAACAUCUGGAGGGCCGCCCCGCUUCCUCACCCCGGGCCCACAGCUAACCGAAAGAUAAGCGCCUGCGAGAGGCGGGGGGAGAGAGAAAGAGAGAGGGAGGCAAGGAAAGGUGGUGCCUACAGCCGCGCCCUCGAGCUGCGGAACAAGGGAGGCACACCCGCGCCUCACCCAUGCAGGGGCAAUAGAGCAAGUAUCCAGCAGGGUCCAAGUCACUGCUGCCGCUGCUGCCGCCGACGCCGCCGAGAUAAAACAGGACGAGUAGCAGCCGUAGGCCCGCGACGCCAACCGGCCCCUUCCCACAGGCAGCCAUGCCUUCCUCUCCUGCUGAGGCAGAGCGGCUGGAACAAGCGGUGUCCUAGGCAGCCUCCGGCCAUGGGGCCUCCGCCGCUCCUUCAGUUACCACAACAAGAACCGAGCACUCCUCCUCCUCCUGUAUCUGAAGGCGCCGGGACGAGCCAGCAGAGAGGAGCGAUUCGCGGGGCCGGGGUAGAAAUCUCUUCUUGCUGAAACCUUUGAAGAUUGUUGGUGGAUGUGAUUGUACCAGUGAGAUGCCCAUGGGCAGGACUUCUGCUUCGUUUGGCCCUCCUCUGCCAGGCCUGCCAUGACAGCAUUCUUUACCAGCGUUCCCAACUGGAUUCAAGAUGCAAAGCAGGAGGAGGAGGAGACAGGCUGGAAACUAGUGGCCCGUCCCAAGGGCCGAGAAAGCGAGAGCCAAGGGAAAUGCCAGUAUGAGCUUCCGGGAGCCUCCUUCCCCAGUGUGGAUAAGCUGAGAGGAAACCCGGAGCAGAGACCAUACUGCUGCCCUCAACUGCACUGUGGCAAGGCCUUUGCCUCCAAAUACAAGCUCUACAGGCACUUGGCCACCCAUUCUGCCCAGAAGCCCCACCAAUGCAUGUACUGUGAGAAAAUGUUCCACCGCAAGGACCACCUCCGUAACCACCUUCAGACGCAUGACCCCAACAAAGAAGCUCUUCACUGCCCUGAGUGCGGCAAGAACUACAAUACCAAGCUUGGCUACCGGCGUCACCUGGCCAUGCACGCUGCCGCCAGUGGCGACCUCAGCUGUAAAGUGUGCCUGCAGGCCUUUGAGAGCACCCAAGUGCUGCUGGAGCACCUCAAGGCCCACUCGCGGAGGCCGUCGGGCAGCGUGAAGGAAAAGAAGCACCCGUGCGACCACUGCGACCGCCGCUUCUACACGCGCAAGGACGUGAGGAGGCACCUGGUCGUGCACACGGGCCGGAAGGACUUCUUGUGCCAGUACUGUGCCCAGCGGUUUGGCCGCAAAGACCACCUGACCAGGCACAUGAAGAAAAGCCACUCCCAAGAACUGCUGAAGAUCAAGACGGAGCCAGUGGACAUGCUGGGCCUUCUCAGCUGCAGUUCAGCCGUCGCAGUGAAAGACGAGCUGAGCCCCGUCUUGUGCAUGGCACCCCGGGAUGUGAUGAACAGCAAGAGUUUCCCUGGGAUGCUGCCAAUGGGCAUGUACGGCGCACAUGUCCCCACCAUGCCCAGCUCAGGAAUGCCGCAUUCUUUAGGCCCCAGUCCUCUGCCAAUGGGAAUGAGCUAUCCCCUGGAAUCAUCCUCCCCACCACAACCUCCCCCAAAGUACCAGCUUGGAUCUACCUCAUACUUGCCUGACAAGCUACCCAAAGUGGAGGUGGACAGUUGUUUGUCAGAGCUCCCUGGAGGCCUGUCUCUUGUGCCUGGUGAGCCAUCCUCGUCCUCUCCUCAACCUGCCACCCUAGAAGAAACUCUUCUCUCCAAGAGCCCUGCUCUGCUCUCUGAGGCUCUCUGUGCUGCUAACAUGGACUUCUCCCACCUCCUGGGCUUCCUUCCCUUGAACCUCCCGACGUGCAACCCUCCCGUCUCCUCGGGUGGUCUGGUCAUGGGCUAUUCACAAGGAGAGGCUCAGUCACUCCUCACCACUCUGCCACCGCAAGAGUCGCCAGGAGCCACAACCUCCCUUGGCUUUGGAGCGCUUCACUCAUUGCCCUCCAUGUUCUCUCCUGGCUUGGGGGCCACGACCUUGCCACGUUUCCACCAAGCUUUCCAAUGAGAUAGCCAGAGAGAACAGAACUGGCCUGAGUGUGUAGAUGGGGUACUGCGAAGGUGCCCAGAUUUGUUAUCCUUCCUACUGUGGGGUGGGAAAGCUUUAGGAAGGACUGGAACUGCCAUAUCCAUUUCGGUGUAUACCUCCGUCCUAGACAGUGAGUAGGUUGCAGCAAAUUAGGAAUUCAGGGAUUUCCCCUCCUUUUUUGUUUGGUAAAUCAGGUGCCACACUCCACACAGAGCUACAUUAGGGCUACCAUCUGCAUUCCACUUUAGGAGGUGAUUGAGUUGGGGUCUGCCUCAAGUUAGGGCCCAACAUUUCCUCUGCCUUUCAGUGUCUCAGUCCAUGGAGCAGCAAGAGGCUGAAAGAAGCUGCUGUUGUCCCUUAUGCCCCCCCCCAAUCAUCUCUGCUGGUUGUGCCCACAGUGCUUGGUCUGUGGCGAUUCAACACUUCCUUUCUUCAGAGCCGCUUCAUUAAGACUUCAUUCCAAUAGCAUUGUGUUUCAGAGCCAUCCGUCUUCCCCUCUCCCCCCCCCUCAAAUCACUGCAAAUCAGGAAGUGCCAGGAACACUGUCCUUGUUUCUGGUAUAGCUAUUACACUGUUUACACAAUGAACUCGAGUCACCCUGAUUUCACUUCACUACUUCCAUUUCUUCCCCUGUGGGGAAAAUAAACGGACUUGGGACGGCCUUUGCCAAUUUGGCCAACUGCUCUAUAGAUUGUGCCCCCUCAAAUCUCAAUGUGGUCAGAAGGAUGCUGCAGCCCAACAAGUCCAGCUUGCUUUUGUGUCUUCGAGAGCACUGUUCCCCAAAGUACGUGCAGGUACAGAGAGGGGUGGGCGGUGGCCCUUUCUGUCCUAAUGGACGCUCAUUGCUUGCGGGCUUGUUUCCACUUCUCUAGCUUACUGUUCAGCAGUGAGAGCUGCCACUCUGCCUUGCAGUUGACACUUGAUCGUUGACUGUUGAAGCACAGCGGGCUUGCUAGGAGUAGCAUCGCUUCAGCCCAGUAAGUGCAAGUCCUGAGAAGAAGUUUACUUAUGCCGAGCCUCCCUGCACCUACUUGGCACUGCUUGUUGGAGAAGCCCAUCAGGCUGUGCUUUGCAGGAGCCAGCCCACAGCGCCUAACAUCUUAACUUCAUGGGCAGAGGAAAGGAGCUACAGCCAGCAUGAAGUAGUCUCACUCUUUCAGUGGCUCAGCAAGAUAUAUGCCACUUGUCUCUCGUGGGAUGUUUUUGGUAACGCUUGUGGGAGGCAGCUUUUAACUCAACUGUGUCUUAUCUAAAGAAUGCCUUCGCGCCCUGUUCCUGCAACAUGUGUGCGUUUCCCACAACCUCCAGAUCUCCUGUGCUCCUUCCUGUCUCUUUAAGCGCUUGGAGCCCUUCCUAAGGCACCCCACCCACCUGCCUCUUGCACAACCUGUGUCUAGUGUUUUCCCUGCGUUUCAGGGACGUGGCACUCAACUCAAAUGAGGGCUGCUUUGUAGAGUUUUCUGAGAAAAGCUGAGGUCUUGCACCAAAGGAUGAAGAGAAACAAAAUGUGCCAUGGCUGUGGGGGUUACUUUGGGACACUUUGGCAGCACCAGGAUCUGGUCCCUGCAUGCUUUGUCACUUGAUGAACUUGGGCCCAUUAGGGCUUAUCAAUUGUUCCUGAGUUUCUGCUUCUCUGUCAUACAUUUGCAUGCUGUGUUUGCUGCUUCCAUUCUCCCUCCUGCUUACAAUCCGCUUCUCUUUCCCCUGCAGCUUCCAGCCUUCCCCAGGCACUUACCUGGACUAUUCUGUCUGUAUCACAGCAAAUACCUCAUGAUGUAGGUUCCCCUACUUCCCUGUUCUUAUGAACUCGCACUUGGUAGCCUCAUUUGGGGGUCAGUCCACCUGUGUUGCACUUCAGGGUAUCUUCACAAGCCCCAGAUGUGCACUUCUUCAUACCUCAGAUAUAUAUUGGGGGGGAGGGGGCUAAGACUCUGGGGUCUGUUACUCUUUUACCUGCCCAGGUAUGAUACGCCUACCUCUGCACUCAUUCCAAGAUGCAGUCAGUGGCUUCUCUGGAGCUCCUUUCUCUAUCAGCAAAUACAUAGGAAGUUCAUCUUCUACUAGUUCAUGUUCCAGUUUGCUUUAAGGUCUAGGUUCUUCCUUGUUGCCUUCCAGUAUUUUGAUAUUUUCUUUGUAGGAUAUCCCCUCCUACUGGAGGGACAGGAUUUGUAGGCUUAGCUGGCCCUUCUACACCUGUUUUUUUCAUACCAGUUUAGUAUUUUGUGUAAUACUUACCUCGGUAAUUGCAUGUGGAAGUGAGUUCCACAAGUUGUGCUUCCUGAUCUGUUUUAAGACGUUGCCUUUCUAAUUUCAGUGAGUGCCUUGCGCUGGGUAAAUAGGAGAGUGUCUGGGCUUCUCCUUAUCAUUCAGUAUUUUUAAAUACCUCAGUUGCAUUUCCUCUUACUCUUUUCUUCCAGAAAUUGCUGCACAGUCUUUUAUCUUAUGCAAUCCUCAUCACAUCCCUACCUCGACACUUAAGAUAAAGUUUCUACACUUUGCUUCUUCAGAUAUGACAUUUGACUUCUGAUCAUGACUCUUCCAGCUUUUGACAUCUCCUGCCUUGUCUGUUGAUGAUACCUGCUUCCAGCCUUAUGUUCUGGGAAAAGUCUGACCUAGGAGAAUAUUUUGGGUUCUGACCCCUGUUCUUUUGAAUGACCGUGUCCCUUUGACCUGUAUCUCUUUGCUUUAUUGCCCAACCUAAGAUAUAGGAUAGGUAAGAUUUGCCCCACUAAUAAUUCAUAGCAGGCUUGGAUGCCAAACUUUAUACCAAAAUGUUACCUUGCCAGUAAUUUGGGGAGGGAGUUGGGAGAGGAACAGUGAAGUUUUGUAUAAUUAUGGGUGCAAAAUGCCACCCAAACAGCUGUAACAGGUCAGACAGUUGAUCUGUCCAGCCUGUUUUUCUGUUUCUGACAGAAACCAAAUCAGCAUUGUUGCUUAAAGCUUUGUAACAAUAGAACAGUGUUAAAUGAAAAUGGGGAUUUGGUGGUGGUUGACCGCACCUAAUCUGCUAGUUCAUACACCUGUUGCUCAACCUGUUUGUCCUGUCCCACUAUAAAAAGGAAAUUGUGGUAUUUUUUUUUUAAAAAAAGCCCACUUGGGAGUGAGUUGCUCCUGGCCAGCGUAAGCGGCAGAGAAAUGUGGGGCAUGACAGUUGGGCAGAAGAGCUCAUAAGCCCCCUGCCUCCUGUUCCAAGGAAAGAGCAGUAGAAGCACAUAGCCACGUGCUGUCCCAUCCUGUCUACUCUCAGACUUCCACCAUUUUAAUGCUGGGCGCAGGCUAGAGUUAUUUGAGAAGCUGAAUGUGAGGCUGUAGAGCUGUCGUUGCACACAAUACAUGUACUGGGUUGUUUUUUCUGUUCUGCCAUGCUUGGUGCAAAGGAAAUGUCCUUUUUGGGGGCUUAGGAGAACAUGAAAGGGUGGCCUUUUUUCCCUCCUUUCUACACAAGUAGCCUGUUUCAAGAAAGGUAUAGCAAAGGUAUUGCUAUCUCUCUCAAAACCAAGAACCUAUAGAUGCUCACGCUUUACUUACAGUGAUCCUGUCUGGGCUAUAAGAGCUUCUGUGAAUAGCAGUCUCCCAAAGAAAAUUAACACAUUAUGUAUGUAAGGUUUGCCAUCCUGUUCCCGUUGGCCAGGAUGCUUUUUGCAGGAGGGCGAUACGCCCACAGGUUCAAACUAAGGCAGGGAAUUCUCAAAUUCUGGACUGGUGGUUCUUGCCAGCAGCUGCCACCUUUUCCCAUUAUCACGAGCUUCUCUCUGCCUAGAACCAAGUUUUUUUAGGGUGGUGGGGGCGCUUUUUUCUGUAGUUCCACUCAGGAGUGAAAUUGACUGGACGCGAAUCUGCUUGUUAAGAAGUCUGGUCACUGUCACCACUAGACCAAGCGGCAGAGGCUACAGGAGAUAGGAAUGAAUAGACUCCUCCACAGUGCCUGGGGGCAGGGAUUGUGCUGCAAUGAAAGCAGGGGAUGAAUCGCUAUCCCUGCUCUCCUGAAACUGCAGUCUGGACACAGCCUUGGGUGUUCAGGCCACUUGAAGCAUUGAGAUAGGUGGCCUCUGCCUCUCGUCUGGUAGGUGUUUAUCCUGAUUCCUUUUUUGGGGUGAGCAACUGAUGGGGGCCCUUUUGGCCAUUAUUGCAUUUAGUGGCAAAUAGUUCAGCAAACCAAUAGAGGGUGGAAAUAGGGACACUUUCUUUGUGUUAAACUGCUGUACGUUAAUUUAAUUGAGCCCGAUUACUUGGAAAGGUGACCAGCUGGCCCAUAUUCACCCUUUCCAACUGAUGCGUUGGUGCUUUUUAAUACUUCAGUUAUCCUUCCUCUUGAUCCUAAAUGCGGUAUCUAGAAGCUUGUCUUGCUGAUUUUACAUGGGGCUUAAUUUCAUAUGGUGUGUUUAAUAGUGCGAUCCAUUGUAAAGCAGAAUUUGUCUUUGAGCUAAAGAGAUUUUCCUCCUGCUUGUCAAGAUUUCAGCUUUACCAAGACAAUGCCUUCACCACCACCCCACUAUUUUCCCAGAGCUUAUGAUUGCUUUAGGACAUCAUGAUGAGGUGAUCUUGCAAUAUCUGUGCCCUGUUAAAUGCUUUUUGUAUCCUUGCGUGGCCUAACCUGAUAUUUACCACUCUUUUAUGAACCAUUGAAGACAAAGGUUUUUUCUGGUGCGGUUGGUGCCAAUGCAUGCCACACAACGACUGGUAAAGUCAUCACCUGAGGAUUUCUAUGGUCUCUUAGUAAAGGGAGGAUUGGCUGGUAGAUAUGCAGUUGCCAUUUCUUCAUGGCAGUUUGAGCCCCGUUGGCAUACCUUUGUAGCUUCCUUGUUGAGGAAACUGGCACUAGGGCUUGUCCUAGCUUUAUUGGUGUCAGUGUUGCAGCAACCCUAUCCUUCCCCAAAAAGGGCUCGCUCACUGUCACAAGGGUCUGUGUUCCCUUUAGCAUUGCAGUUUCUUGCUGUACAAGCCUGCAAACUGUUUUGUGAACGCAAGUACAUCACAACUAUAUCCAAAGUUUUAGGCUCUACUAUUUGACUAAGCUGGUUCUUUCCCUUGCAGUUAGCAGUAAGUCCAGCGGCUUUAUUUUACCCACAGAGGCCUCUUCUCAAUGUAAAUAGUAAAACUCAUCGGGUUAUUUGUACUUUCCCUUCCUUCAACUGGCACAUCCUAAACGCUUAACUCAUUUUUAUUUUCUUACUGAGAUAGCAAGUUGCUUGAAACUUGAGAAUAAAAUCUGACGCACUCUCAUGUCCCUGGAGAUUUUGAGCCCAUCCCUGUGUGCUCAAAAUAUGCCUUUGCAGAUUUUUUUAUUCCUUGCUGUGGUUAUGGGAUUGCCCUUUCAAAGAAGAAUAUGCCCCUCACAGCAGUGGGAUUCACUUUCAAGAUGCCACUAUUUCCAGACUUGCUCAUUAGAAAUGGAAGAGAUGUACAACCUCCUGGGGUUAAAAUUUCAGCUGAAUUACAAUAAGAGAAAAAGUAAUAUCUUCUGUUUUAAUGUUACACAGGAACCUUUGGUUAAAUAGAUAUGUCAAUUAUGAUGAAUUAUUGUGAGUAAGCUCUGCAUGGAGGGUUUUGCUUGUGUUGGUGAUCCUGGGAGAAAGAUGGCCUAGACACAAAAAUUGCAAAAACAGAAUAGUUGCAAAUGGAGUUUUGGGGAAGAGUAUGGGCAGAGAGAGAAUGAACAUCUGUUCUUGACCCCUUUGUGUGUUUGGCUUGCUUUAUGACUUUAUGCAUUUUCCACCACAACAGCUAUAACUUGAAGCAGCUUCAAAUGCUCCCUCUCAGUAUCCACCCAAACGAAGAAAUGUCAAUAAACUCAACAUCCCUUUUCUGCUGCUCACACUUGUUGAAACUGAUGGGGAGGUUCUCUCCGCUUCCCCACCCCCCAAAAAACUAGAUAGCUUUCAAUAGCAAGUUUCACUUGCCCAGUUUUACGGUGUGCUCUCAGCCUCCAGCUAACGUCUCAUUAAAACUUGGGAUUUUUGCCUAGUCUUAACUAAGAGCUGUGGUGGUGGUAGUGGUUUUUUUAAAUAAUGCUUUAUGUAAUGUGUUUUUACCAAGGUUUUACUGCUAAAUAGGAUGCUUUGACAUGGAGCAGGCUGGGGACAGCCCCUUCCCUUGUGACCUACUACCUCAAGGCCACAGAUUAUCUCCCAUGUACCUGCUCCUUGUGCUGGCUACCACAUUUUCUUAAUUCUCCUGUACCCCUAUGUGCAUGCAAAGGAUUAUAAGGGAACAGGGCAACUGCUGUCACCUGUGAGAAAAGUGGGGGCAGUGGAAACAUGGAAGGUAGAGGAUGCUUAGUAGCCUGCACCUCUCCAGUGAGGAAUUAAAGCUUGUGGAUGCCCGUGUCUUGGGUUGUCAUAGGCUCAGGGUCAGACCGCUGAACUCUGGUUGCUCCUGCAGAAGCCUUAAUAGCAUACACUGUGAUUCUGGAGUGCUUUGCACUGGGAGGAGGGAGUCAUGGUUCUUGCCUUGUUUUGGAGGUUGAAACUUAAGACACUCUAGGGAUGCUCUGUUCCUCGAGUCAUUUCUUCAUGGGAAAGCUGCCUGGUCCUCUGAACGGGAGCAGGUGAAGUGAUGUCAUGAACAGCCAGUGAAGGUGCAAAUGGCCAUCCUGUCCGAGAGCGUUUGUCCCUUAUGUUAUCUGCUCUCCUGCUUACAGCUGUGGUGCAACGACUGGACUACGACAGGCUCCUCUGGAAUUUCUCCCAUUCCUGCACCUUGUAAGAGGGAGCUGACCUCUCUGAGCCAUACCAGCCCAAUCUCCCAUGCUGGCCAGCCUUCCCUCUGUUAGAGCCACCAAGGCCCUCUUGGCCUCAAGCUGGGACUUCUCAAACAAAUCUAGCACUUUUUCUAAAUGCAGCAAACAACCUCUUUAUCAGAGUAUUGUAGGACUUCUUACAAGUCCAAGUUUUUAAAACUAAAGAUUGAAGUGCCAUUAGGAAAUGUACAGUUCAGCAUUGUGCAGUUAACUUUUCCUUUUAUCUUAACAGAAUUAAGUCCAAAAUGAAAGAGGGUGUGUUUUUUUAAAAUGAAAUUGCUUAUUAAAAAUGUUUGAAGUAUGA